CUUGAAUCCAGUUUGUGCAUUACGACGAGUCUGUAUUUUUACUCGAAGAGAGACAUGAAUGAUGAUAUAAGGCUGACAAAUGCAGGAGAUUCCCAGUCUCCAGGAAAUGAUUCCUCUUCCAAUCGUAGUAUAUGGUCACAAGAACACAUAAAAAGGAAUAAAAAGAGACUUUGUAUCUCUAAAAUCAUCAUCACCAUCAUAAUCUUCUUUCUGGUGGUUCUAAUAAUUACUCUAGCCACAAUUUUAGCAGUAGAAAAACACAAAUCUUCCACUGAACACACAUCAUGCUUGGAUGACUGGAUUGGUUACCUAGGAAAGUGCUUCUAUUUUUCUGAAAAUACAACAACCUGGGCAGCAAGCCAGAACUUCUGUGUCUCUCACGUAGCAACUCUUGCUGUGUUCAACACCACAAAAGAACUGGAUUUCCUGAAGCGAUACUCUGACCAUUCUCAAUAUUGGAUUGGACUGAGACGAAAACCCGGACAGACCUGGAAGUGGAUAGAUGGAACCACAUACAGUGGCUGGUUUAAAAUAUUGGGAAUUGGAGAAUGUGCCUAUCUACACAAAAUUGGAAUUAGCAGCGCUAGUACCCAUUUGGUUAGAAAAUGGAUUUGCAGCAAACCAGACACAUAUAUUCCAAGAAGUUAAGACAUCAUAG